AUGAUCAUCGGAAAAUUUGCUCCGCUGCUUGCUCUAGAGGAAGACAUAGAAACAAUGACCAACAAUUUGAAUGUUGUAAUGAAUGAGGCAGCAAUGGACAUUCUUGGGAAAUGUCCCGCGGGCAGCGCCUGGCCUCGCAGUAGGGAGCCCACGGGAGACGCCCGCGCCCAGCAGGGGGAGUCCCUGGACCCGCCUGGCACGGGGGGCCGGGGCCGCUCCGCUCCGGAGGAGCCGCCGCGCCUGGGGAGUGCCCUGGACAGCGCCCCCGUGCGCCGCGGGCGGCCGGGCGCCUCCCGGGCCCGCUCCGCGCACCAUGUCCGGCUCGCCGCUGGGGGCGCCGCACAGCCCCGAGGAAGGGCCCGGCAGCGCCGCGCAGUGAUUCAAAAUGAAAAGGUGUGCUCAUCAGAAAAGGCCACUGAACUCAAACACAAAAGAGAACCCCAUGGGAAACAAUACCUGGAAUUAAGAAAGAAAUUCGGUCUCUUUAAAGAGGAGAGAGUAUACCUUAAUAGAAUUCCCUUUGGAACUCCUCCUGCAGGAUCAGAAGCAAGUGUGUGCUCCAGGAAUAACUUUAAAAAGAAUAAUGAUUCUUGGAGUGCAUUACCACAAGAAACGGCGAUAAUAGCUAAGCAGCAGGACCAUGGUGAAGAGGAAAAGAUAAUUGUGGACCUGGAACAGGAUUUGACUAAAAAAAGAAAAGCAAAACUCUCACCAAUGCCAGAAAAUGGAAAGAGAAGGAAAAUGAUGGUCAAAUCAGCCAUAAAUCCAAGCGUGGAAAACAACAGCACCAGUUCUGUAAUACUUAACAAGCGUAUUUCAUCCACACCAGUCUUAUCACAGCAGAAAAAUUCCACAGGCUCUAUCGGAUCGUCUCUAGGGAGGAACUCUGAGCAAGACCCAUGUGUUCAAGCUAACCAAGUUCAAGACACAUGCUGUUCAGAUUUAGUUUCUUCCGAAGAUGAUGUUUCGACUAAUGAAAGUUCCUUUCGAGACGAUGCUUUCCCUUUGACUCCACCGGACUUGGAUGAAACAAUCAGGGAUGAAAAAAUAAAACGACUGAAACGGCUAUUAACAGAACGAGCAGCAGCACUGGAAGAGAUGCGUAAAAAGAUGCAGCAGACCUGAAAAAUCUAACAAGUAAUCUGGACCAUAUUCAUUUUGAUUCCCUUGACAUCGGUGACUCAAACAAGAGAUUAAUUUGGUUCAGUGCCUCUGAACGUUUAAAAUGAACAUAUAAUCUAAUUACCUGGUAUUCACAGGACAUUAAUGGGAGCUAAAAUGCAUGUAUAUAGAGGAGAGUAGACCCCAGGAGUAAGGAACAGAAGAACUGAAUUGUCCAGUAAUCUGCUUUUGGGGAGCCCAUGUGUGUCAAAGAAUUUAGUAUGCAGAAGAUAUGCUAUUUGAAUUGUCAGUGUGGUGUAUUCUCUAGCUUUAGAGUGAGAGCUUUCUGUACUAGUGCUAGAAAAUUCUUGUGCUUUGGAAUUUCAAGGCCUGUUUUUUGGCAAUGAAAUGUGAAUUGCAAACCUCAACUGUAGAUUUUUUUAUUAUCAUUAUUAUUAUUAUUAGUGCAUGCUCACUUGUAAAUUACAGGAAAUAAACUAUAACAUUAAAUUGUUUCAAUACUUUA